GAAGAUGUAUUAUACUUACUUAUAAUAAUUAUAAUUAAAGAGUUUGCUUUUUGGAGUUAUCAUUGAGUCAUUGACUUCGCUAUCAAGUCCUCUAAACUCAAACCUAUUUCUACCCCCACACACCCCUCAGUUUAUUCAUUCCAAAAGCCUUUACAAUACAAUAAUAUUUGAAUAGCUGGAUAGAGCUACCUAGCUUAUCCCAUAACAUAGAGCCAAGCUAGCUAAGCUAAUAAAGCCCAUAAUCAUCUCAUCAUUAAAACACACAGAAGAAGAUCAAGGAAAUAUGACUCUUAAGAAGAUCAUAGUCAAGUCGUUAAUGCCUUCAUGUUUGAAGCCCCAGAAGGUUUCAUCCCCAACAGUACCAGAGACCAGAUUUCCAGUUUCUUCAAAAGAAACAAGUUCUCAGAGAUUGUCACUUUCCGAUUUAAGUAAUUCAUCUAUGGUAUCUCUCAUGAGUGAUCUAUCAAGUACACUUUUUGGGUCGAAUAUUCAUAUUUUCACGCAUAAGGAGCUCGAGAACAUCACAUACAACUUCUCUAAGAGUAACUUUCUUGGAGAAGGUGGGUUUGGACAAGUGUAUAAAGGGUUCAUUGAUGACCAGGUCAGGCCUGGUUUGAAAGCUCAAUCUGUAGCAGUUAAGGUUCUCGAUUUGGACGGCAAACAAGGCCAUCGGGAGUGGCUGGCAGAAGUAAUUUUUCUUGGGCAAUUAAAGCACCCUCAUCUUGUAAAUUUGAUCGGUUAUUGCUGCGAGGAUGAGCACCGGCUUCUUGUCUACGAAUUCAUGCCACGGGGCAGCUUAGAGAAACAUAUUUUCAAAGGUUAUUCUGGAACCUUACCAUGGUUAACAAGAAUAAAAAUAGCCAUUGGAGCUGCGAAAGGCCUCAGUUUCCUCCACGAGGAAGAAAAGCCCGUUAUAUAUCGGGAUUUCAAAGCUUCAAAUAUAUUAUUAGAUUCGGAUUUUACUGCCAAGCUCUCUGAUUUUGGCCUAGCCAUAGAUGGUCCUCAAGGAGAUGAAACACACAUCUCAACGCGCGUAAUGGGCACCGAAGGCUAUGCUGCCCCGGAGUACAUAAUGACAGGUCAUGUGACAGCUAUGAGCGAUGUCUUUAGUUAUGGAGUGGUUCUCUUAGAACUACUAACUGGUAGGCGAUGCUUGGACAAAAGCCGACGAUCGAGUAGGGAGCAGAACCUUGUGGAUUGGGCUAAGCCAUAUUUGAAAGAUGCCCAUAAAGUCGACCGUAUAAUGGACCCCAGGCUCGAGGGUCAGUACUCUACCGAAGGGGCUAGGAAAGCAGCUGCUUUGGCUCAUCAGUGUCUGAGCCACAACCCCAAAUGUCGCCCCACAAUGAGUAAUGUGGUCAAAUCGUUGGAGCCACUUUUGAGCUUGACUCAUGAUAUUUCAGUACCUUUUGUUUAUGUUGUUCCCACCGAAGGAAGAGAGGAAAGUGUGGAAAUGAAAUCAAUUAUUAAAGAUGACCACUGUGGUGAUGAUGAUGUGGUAACGACGAGUAGUAAUAAUGGAAAUGGUUCCCAAAGAGAAGAAAAAGGCCAGCGACUUCGUGGCCGAAAAGGUUAUAGGCAUAAAUACAGGAUUAGGUCAUCGAGGUCAAACGCAGUAUAUUCUGAUACUGCUUUGUAUAGAACUCUUGGAACUAGUCUUUACUCCCCAAAAGGAUUAGUACUACCCAGGUGAGGGAGUUUAUUUUCAGAAAAAGAUAAAGAGAGAUUAGCUAAAGAAUAUUAUAUAAAGCACACGCACAUACAAAAUUAUACAUAUAUGUGUAUACUUGUGUUUGUAUCAUGUUGUUUACAUUAGAGCAGUUCUUUAAUUUUUUUUUUCUUUAUAAAUUUUGUUGUGUAAGAUAUUGAUUGAGAUAAUAUUGUUGAGUAUCUCAGAUUAGGACAUGUACUGUAGAGUAGCCCACCUAGCUACCCCUGUAAACGAAAAAUAUAUACAAGCAAGUGUGUAAUUAAUAUGUUGUAUUGUAAGUCAACUCUGUCUCCUCGGUUAAAAAAUCGACUUCUUUUCAAAACA